AUGGUUGCCAACAAUCUGGCCUUCACCCAAGGAGACAUGUCAUCUGAAGAUGUGUUCGAACAUUACAAGGCUGCUGCUGCUUCUUCAGGCAGGAAGAAGGACAGCAAGAGGACUCGGGGGGAGAGCAGUAAAACCGCCUCAAAGAAGGCCCGAACUGAGGACCCUCCAGCCACUGUUCCUUCAAAUGAGAACACGCCACCUCCAUCGCCACUCAAGCAGCUAGCCUCAACACCUCCGGUCGACCAGCAUUCCACUCCUCCAACACCUGUCGACCAGCACCCUACUCCUCAGGACCCUACCAGCCGAACACACCGAACUCAGCCCGAAGACUCCCUGUCCAGCUCCGUGGUCAGCUCAGCCAGGGAGAGGAUAUACAAGCUCUCCAAACACAAACGCAGUAAAGAGGCCAUUGAUGGCACCAUCUCCAUGGAGACCGACCAAAUACUCAACCGAUGGCUGAAUGAGAUAGUUAGCGUAAGUUACUUCCUGAUGCUGAAUAAUUUGCUUUUGAUUUUCUGCCAUCGCCUUACUCUUUUCAUCUUAUUGCAGGGAUUACUGACCAUGGCUGCUGGCUGGCGCCAUGCGGGUGCAAUGGUGUCCAAGACCAAAAAUUUUGACACCAGGCUUGCUGAGGCUAAGAAAGCGCUUGAAGGGAAAAAUACUGACCUGCUCGAGAAGAACGAUGAGCUAACCAAGCAAAAUGGUGAGUUGCUUGAGAAAAUUGCAGAGCUGUCUAAGCAGAAUGUGGUCCUACUCGAGCAAAAAGCCACUUUGACCGAUGAGCUGCUGGAGAGUCAGGACGCCCUGAAGAAAUCCAAUGAAGACAAAGAAAAAUUCAGGAAAAGCGCCAGACUCAACUACCAACAAUCCAAACAGCUCGAGCUUGAUUUGAUUGCGAGCAGGCAGGAGACGGAGGAGCUAGAAAAGUGUGCAAUUUUCCUGGAGGAAGAAGAAAGGGCUAAAGUUCCUGCUUCCCCAGAGAUCUCCCUGGCAACAGGGAUAGAUGGUGUAGAUAAUGAAGCUGGCGCAGCUGUCGACCAGGACGCUCCUCAAGACCCUCUAACCUCUUAG